UGUUUAAAGAUUAAAACUAGAAAUAUAUAUAAACUCGAUUGAAAAACAGAUUUUUGUUUAUUGUGUCUGAGUCAAUAAUCUAAAGACAACCAUGAAGUGUUUGGGAAUUUGCGUCGCCCUGAGCGUCAUAGCCCUGUCCGCGGCCGCCAUCUUGGACUUCCAUCCCCUCUCCGACGAAAGAAUCGCCCAAAUCAACCAGAAGGCCAAGACAUGGAAGGCCGGCAAGAACUUCGAUAUUGAAGACUGGGCAAAGGUCAAGAGGAUGGUCAGUGGUGUACUGCCCGAUGCACGACUCAAGAAUAAACUCCCUGUAUCAGCCCCUCAUGACGUUACUGAGGAUGUUCCUGAUACUUUCGAUGCUCGUGAGCAAUGGCCUAACUGUAUUUCUGUUCAAACAGUCUGGGAUCAGUCAGAUUGUGGAUCUUGUUGGGCUAUCGCAGCCACAGCCGCCAUGUCCGACCGUAUCUGUAUCCAAUCCAACCAAACCAAACAAGUCUUCGUCUCCGUCGAAGACCUCAACACUUGCUGCUCUGACUGCGGUUUCGGCUGUGACGGUGGUUACCCACUCGAAGCUUGGUACUACUGGCAAAACACCGGUAUCGUAACCGGAGGUCUAUACCAAGGCAACCAGGGGUGCAAAGAUUACACCCUGGCACCUUGCGAACACCACGUCGACUACACCACCAGACCUCAAUGCUCUGCUCUGAACUACACGACUCCUGCUUGCACCAAGGCUUGCUCUGCUUCCGGUCUGAACUACGAGGAGUCUUUGACUUUCGGACAAGAACCAAUAAAUUUGGCUGAGGAAUUGCAAAUUCAGUUGGAGAUUAUUAAGAGUGGACCUGUCGAAACUAGCUUCGACGUUAUGGAUGACUUCCCCACCUACAAAUCUGGUGUAUAUGAAGCUACCAGCUCCAACUAUAUCGGAGGCCACGCAGUGAAAAUCGCUGGUUGGGGUGUGGAAAAUGGUUCCAAGUACUGGUUGAUCGCCAACUCCUGGAACACUGAUUGGGGUCUAGAUGGUUACGUCAAAUUCGUCCGUGGCAUCGACCACUGUGGUAUUGAGAGCAACGUUGUUGCUGCCUUACCAAAAGUAUAGAUUUUUUCAACAAAUGUCUAAUAAAUAAUUCUGAUAUCUACCAA